AUGGUCUGCCUCAGCUUCACCUCACUGCUGGCACUGGGGAAGAGCUGCAGCCUGUCCAAGUACCAGCUCCCCGCACCCCACGAGCGGAAGGCUGUGCAAAAGAUGAAGCAGCACUUUGAGAACAUUCUGCUGCCAAACCGCAAAUGCAUCAAGCUCUUCCAUCGGAAAUUGAACCCAGCGGAGCUGUUGGUACCUGACCGCAUGAUGCUGGUGGAAGCUGAGCUGAACCUCACCAUUGCCAUGCUGGGGCUCCCCGCUGACCCCAGUUUCAGUGGGACGCGCCAGCAGCCCAUGGCCUUCCUCACCCAAGCCCGGGAGGACCUGCGACACUGUAUGGCCACGGAGGCUCCUUUGCAUCAGCCCUCCAGGAAACUGAGGCACUGGCUGCAGAAGCUGCAGACAGCCAGGGAAACAGAGACCACCAGCUGCCUGGAGGCCUCUGCCAUCAUCUACAUCUUUGAAGUGCUGAAAGACCUGCAGUGUGUGGCCCUCCGGGAGCAAUGCACUUAG